CCUACAACUGCUACUGCUCUGCAACUCCUCCACCACCACCGACCGCCGUGAAAGCUCUGACGGCGAUGACAACGCAGGAAUCCGAAGUCGGAAUAUUCUGCUACAUCUCUCCUCUCCCCGGUUUUCGCGGCAUUCUUAAGCAAAGGUAUUCUGAUUUUAUGGUGAAUGAAGUCGAUAUGGAAGGAAAUGUGGUUCAUUUGACCAAUUUGGAAGCUCCGCCGGAGGUAGUGAAGGAAAACGGAGCGAAGACGGAGGAUGCUGCGAGUAAAGAUUAUAGUGCUGAAAUCGAGAAGUUUAGGUGUCUUGCUAGUGGUGAAGAUGUUGAACGGUUGGAAGCUUUCAUCAGGGAGGUUAAUUCGGGGAGUGAAGAUGGUGUUAUGCCUAUUGUGCUCUCACCAGACUAUGAUAAAGUUCAUAGGACGGCGGUGCAUAACUUUUUUAAGGAGAACUUAAAGUUCCUUGUGACCGACGCAGUGGAUGGACCAGAUGCUUCAUCAAAGUGCAUCCGUGUGAGACUAAAUUCGGGAGGGCAGAAUGGCAGAGGCAGAAAUUCGAAAAAGCGAAAAGAAAGGGGUGAUAAACCUUUUGAUAGCAGAGGUGUUGAUGACUGGUCAGAGCAUGUUGGCAAGUUCCUAAGGUUUCAUCUUUUCAAGGAGAACAAGGAUACACAAGAAGCUUUAGGAGUUAUAGGAAAGAUGCUUGGUAUACAGCCAAGGGCAUUUGGGUUCGCGGGUACAAAGGAUAAGCGUGCUGUUACUUGUCAAAGGGUAACCGUCUUUAAACAGUUUGCAAGUAGAUUGGCUGCUUUGAAUGAUAGGUUGAUCGGUAUCAAAGUAGGCGACUUUUGCUAUGUGAAAGAAGGACUUUCUCUUGGCCAACUCCUGGGAAAUCGCUUUACAAUUACAUUGAGAGGAGUUGUUGCAGAUUCUGAAGAUAUCAUCCAGGCCUCUGCAAAUGCCUUAGGAAAACAGGGAUUUGUUAACUACUUUGGUUUACAAAGAUUUGGAAGUGGUUCAAUUCCAACACAUCUUAUUGGAGCUUCACUACUGAGAGGAGAGUGGAAAUCUACUGUAAGCAUGAUGCUUGAACCAAGGGAAGGAGAAAGAGAUGUGAUUACCGAGGCACGGAAAUACUAUAAGGAAAGUAAUGAUAUUGACGGGACCUUAAGGAAAUUACCUCGAUAUCUUGUUGCUGAAAGAGCUGUUCUGCAGUGUCUGAAGAAAUGUCCUGGAAACUACUCUCAGGCUUUGAAAGCUGUUCCCAGAACUUUGAGGAUGAUGUAUGUGCAUAGUUACCAGAGCUAUUUGUGGAACCAUGCAGCAAGUAUGAGAGUGCAAAAAUAUGGAACUGACCGAGUUGUGGUGGGAGACUUGGUAUAUUGUAAAGGACAUGAAACUGAGAAGGUGACUGGAAUUGUUAGUUCUGAGUGUGUGGAUGAAAAUGUUAACGAUGAAAACUGUGAUGAUACAUUUGAUCCUAAUCAUUUGGAUGAUAUAUCAGAAACAAAUGUUCCUGAGGCGAGGGUUAGUCUUGUAAAGGCUGUAACUGCAGAAGAUAUCAACAACGGGACUUACACAAUUGAUGAUAUUGUCCUUCCUCUGCCAGGAUCAAGGGUCAUCUUUCCAGAAAAUGAUAUUGCUGCUGUUUUUCAUGAUCUUGCAAAGAAGGAUGGAAUUAGCUUGACAGAGAGCGUACAUAAUGUCAAGGAGUUCUCAAUAACGAAUGUGACCGGAAGUUAUAGGCGGGUGUUCCAAAAACCAGUGGACUUUGAAUGGGAUAUACUAAAGUAUAUUGAUGGCAAUAUACCAUUGGUGGAGACGGAUUUUGAAAAAAUUGCAAAAACCAAGCCUGUGAAUGUAAACAAAGAGUACCCAACAGGUGUCAGUGGAGAUGGAAGUUUACAUGAUCGCAUCAAACAGUCAGAGUGCUCUGUCAAUGAUGUACAACUGCCGAAAAAAGAUAAUGAGGUGGAAAGCGAGGGAGAAAAGUUGCCACAUGUUGAAUCUCUUGGUGGCCCUAUUCCUCAGGGAACUCAGAUUGCUCUCAAGUUGAGCUUUACUCUCCCAGCAUCUUGUUAUGCAACAAUGGCCAUCAGAGAGCUACUGAAGACUUCGACAUCUGUAUGUGCCUCAUGUUCUUACUUUUACUGUAUGAUUGCUUACAGGUUAUAAUAAUUAUCGCAUUACUAGGAAUUGAUAAAUUUAAACUACCAGUUCAGUAAUCUUCAAUUUUGAAUAUCUACUAAAUAUGCCUGCUUUUGUAGUAACUAGUGGGGAAACUUUCUAAUUAGAGUUAGGUGAAUAUGGUUCAACCUACUUCCAUCUCUUACCUGUAUGUAUACUGAAAACAAUAUGGAUGUGCAGAAAUUUACUGAAUUUACUAAGCAAGUCCUUGAAUUAGUGUCAGAUUGUAGCUUAAGACCUGAAGCUUCUCGUGACCAAUAUAAUCUGAAACUUAUGUGUAAAUCUAAAACUUUGUGGUCAUGGUUGAAAUCUGUCCUGAAGAACAGAGAUCUUGUGGUAGCGAACUUUUGCAGAAGGCUAAACUAUUGCUUGUAUUAUAUCAUGGUUAACAUGCGUGAAAUUAUGAAUGCAUAACAAUACAUUUAUGUUCACCCAUCGUUGCUGCAGGUUGCUUUCCACAAAACAUUGAACUAGAGAGUGCAUUGCUACGUGUGCUAGGCAUUCAAGAAGGAGAAAUGGUUAUUUUGAGGUGACAAACAAAUUACAGAAGUCAAUAGACACUGGAGAAAACAAAGUUCACAGACCGUUUUCACACAAUGAGAUCAUCCUUUUAUCGGCUUUACAGAGUCGAUGCCUAGAACUGCAAAUUGUUGUUUAAAAUCUCCUCUGGUUACUAA